AUGUCUUUGUGGAUAGAAAAAUACAGACCAACUGAAAUAAAAGACUUUGAAGGAUCUGAUAAGCUAAUUAAUUUCUUUAACACAACAAUAAAAAAGAAAAUCCUGCCAAAUAUUUUAUUAUCUGGAUCUGCUGGCACGGGUAAAACAACAUUUGCAAAAUUACUAGCUAAUGGAUUAAACGAUCAAAAUAAAUUUUUAGUAAAGGAAUACAACGCAUCAAAUGACAGAGGUAUAACGCUUAUAAGAAAUGAGAUUAAGAAUUACAGUAGCAUGUUAAGAAGAACAAUUUUAAUUUUAGACGAUGUGAAAAUCUGA